AAAGGUUAUUAACAAUGCCUUAAACUCUUGAAAAACCUUCUCUAUAAAAGCAGUAGCUACCUGCCCACCACCUCAAAAUAUCAACUCUCUCUCUCACUUUCACAACUCUCCCUUUCUAUUUCUCUCUCUAGAAAAAUAUCAUCAUCUAUCAAUUAUAUAGAGUACUUAUUUAGAUUCAUUUCAUAAAAAUGGAGAAAAGAGAAAGUAGUGGUGGGUCUGGAUCAGGAGAUGCAGAGGUGAGAAAAGGGCCAUGGACGAUGGAAGAAGAUUUGAUUCUCAUCAAUUAUAUCGCCAAUCAUGGUGAAGGUGUUUGGAACUCUCUCGCCAAAUCUGCAGGACUAAAACGCACCGGGAAAAGUUGCCGGCUCCGGUGGCUGAACUACCUCCGACCUGAUGUGCGACGGGGAAAUAUCACACCAGAAGAACAGCUCACCAUCAUGGAACUUCAUGCAAAAUGGGGAAAUAGGUGGUCAAAAAUUGCAAAGCAUUUACCAGGAAGAACCGACAAUGAGAUAAAGAAUUUUUGGAGGACUAAGAUCCAGAAAUACAUCAUCAAGAGCGGAGAAACGACGACCGUUGGAUCACAAAGCUCCGAGUUUAUAAACCAUCAUGCGACAACGAGCCAUGUCAUGAAUGAUACUCAAGAAACCAUGGAUAUGUAUUCUCCAACGACGUCGUAUCAACAUGCCAGCAAUAUUAAUCAGCAGCUUAAUUAUGGUAAUUAUGUGCCUGAAUCCGGUUCGAUCAUGAUGCCAUUAUCUGUUGAUCAAUCCGAACAAAACUAUUGGAGCGUCGAUGAUCUUUGGCCCAUGAAUAUAUAUAAUGGUAAUUAAUAAAUAAGUUCGUUAAAACUUAUAUAUAUUUACGGUCCAAAGAGGGUUCUAUAUAAACAGAGUACUGUAUGGGAUUGCCUCAUUGUUUAGAGGUAGGUACUUAAUAUAAGGUUGGAGAUCUUAGAUGUAUUAAUAAAUAACUCGUAUUUACUAGAUAGC